AUGCUGAAUGUGGAGAUGUACCCUGGUUUGACUGUGGGACCAAAAAGGAUGGGAGAUUGCUUUUACAGAGACAGAGACGCUCCUGUACGGAUUCCGCUGUUUCCUCCCGCUUGUGAUGUGGCUUCAAGGCUUCUGGGCCCUUCCACCGGAGAGUCCUCUUCCAAAGGCCAAAAAGAUGAGGUGAAGAUGGAGCUGGAGAACUCUGCAUUAUGGAAGCAGUUCAGCUCAGUCGGUACAGAGAUGAUCAUCACCAAGAAGGGCAGACGGAUGUUCCCAGGCCUGAGACUGAAACUGUCGGGUCUAAAUCCAUCUCUCCGCUACAUCCUCCUCCUCGACAUCGUCCCGGCUGAUAACUCCCGCUACCGCUUCCAAGGGGGCGGCUGGCAGGCCGUGGGUGGGGCAGAGGCCAGGUUACCCGACCGGGUCUUCAUCCACCCGGACUCGCCCGCCACGGGUGCACACUGGCAGAGCCGCACCAUCUCCUUUCACUACGCCAAGCUCACCAAUAACACACUGGACACACAGGGACAUAUAAUCCUGCAUUCCCUGCAUCGCUACCAGCCCAGGAUCCAUGUGAUUGAAGCCAGAGAUAUGCUAAGGUGGGGUGGAGGACAGCACACCUUCGUUUUCCCAGAGACCCAGUUCAUCACGGUCACUGCUUACCAGAACAACAAGAUCACUGAGCUGAAGAUAAAUUCCAACCCCUUUGCUAAAGGAUUUCGAGAGGAUGGGAUGAACAGCAAAAAACAAAGAGACGCCAGGCAGAAACGUAAAAUAGCCACCCUGACUGAAACUUUGGAUAUUGUAAACAGUGAUCCAUGCGAAGCCUCCGAGCCCCCAGCCACCAGCUCAGACCUCCAGGGUCUCACCCUCGCCUCUCUCCCUCCACUCCCCGACUCUUCCUGUGAGUUCAGACCUGAGGAGGCCUCCUAUCCAGUCCCAGAGCACUCCCUAGACCUCAGUCAGACGUUCAUGACCUCCCAGAUGUCCGACAUCAGCACCACAAUGGCUGCCGGGAUGCAGGGAACACAGGAAAACGAAGCGGCACGCAACAUCAUUGAAGGCUCAGAUGUUUUGGCUGAAACAACCUAUGAGCCCAACUUCUCAGGUCCUCCGUCCUCCUCUUUCUCCUCCAGCACAGCCCAUCCUCAGCCAUCCUUCCCACCUGUGGACUACUCCUCCCCCAUGCUUCCUGCCACCCCUUCACUGCAGCAGACCUCCUUUAACUUCCCCACGCCACCACCCUCGGACUCCUCCUCCCCCUCUUCCAGCACCUUCCACACGGCCCCUGGGAUGGUCAGCCCCCACACUCCAGCUGCCUUUGGAGCUCCGUCGAAUAUGUGUGCAUCAAACCUGCAGGACCAAACAUCUCCUCACUCUCAGAUGCAGGGGGGACCUGAUACGGAUGGAAGUAAGGGGACUAUGGUUCAGAGCUCAGCAGUGUUUCCCUAUUCAAAUGUCCCUCCUAUAGAUGCGGAUCCUGAAUACCAGUCUUUAGCUCCCACCCUGCCCUGUUCCCUCCCUGCUAAUGGAACCUGCAACUCUUUCGCUUUGCCCUCUUUUCCCCAACAAAUGCAGGCUCUCUCAUUUCCAAGUAUAGCCCCCAGCCCUGCUCUGAACUUCUCCAAUCUGACCCACCAAGCUGCAGCCCCCUCCCUACCUGCUGCCUUCCCUCCUCCUUCCUCUUUCCCCCGCUCAUCAUCCUCCCUCCCUCACCAUUCUUUCCCGGCCUCCUCCUGCCUGGCUGUCUCCUCCUCGUUCCAGCAGAACCAACCCCAUCCCACAUCUUCCUCCUACACCUGCUCAUAUCCUCCAACUGGGGUCAGCGCCAUCCCUCAGUUCACACCUCCUCCCCCUUAUCGGCCAGAUAUGGUACUUCACCAUAAGGCUCUUCUUCCUCAGUUGGAUCCAGCCCUGCCCUCCUCCACCCCUCCACCAGCUCUCUACCCCACCUUCCCAUCAUAUCCUCUCCAUUUGCAUCGGGAUCCUCACUCCUCCCUCACCGCACCCUUCAGGCACCUUUACAGACAGCACCAGCAGAGCCACCCUCACUCCCAGGGGUCCUACAUCGGUGCAAGAUCAGUGUAUUAAAACAAAUGUUAAAAUAUUUGGUUUCAAGGCGCU